CACUGAGACCUGUUUUCUAAGGGAGAGUUAAAAUACAUGUAUUUUUUAAAAGGUAUAAAAUGGGAUGAAAUGUGGUGUAAAUGUGUCAGAAAACAAAAAAAUAACUUAUAAAUCACAUUUCUGCAUCUAUAUUCUAAUUUGUUUGCAUUAACAGCAGCUAUAAUGUGUUAAAGGUUUACAGUGUUUGUAGUAUGUGUGUGGGAUGGAUGGUGUUAAUUGAUCUGUGACUCUGAUUGGCUGAGGCAGUGAGAGGGGCGGGGCCUCUGCUGCUCAUUCAGUGGGUAAAUCAUGGUUGACAGUAGGGCAGCAGCAGCAGCGAUGGCUCACAGCUUCACUCAGGAGUAUUUUCAGAUCCCUGUGGUGACCCGAGCGUACACGACCGCCUGUGUCCUCACCACCGCUGCCGUGCAACUUGAGGUCAUCACUCCCUUCCAGCUCUACUUUAACCCAGACCUCAUUAUCAGAAGAUACCAGAUAUGGCGCCUGAUAACCAGCUUCCUCUUCUUCGGUUCCCUUGGAUUCAGUUUUGUGUUCAACAUCAUCUUUCUUUAUCGAUACUGCCGGAUGCUGGAGGAAGGCUGCUUCCGGGGCCGGACGGCAGAUUUUGUUUUCAUGUUCCUGUUUGGAGGCGUCCUGAUGACUCUGUUCGGUCUGUUCGCCAACGUCUUCUUCCUGGGUCAGGCCUUCAUCAUCAUGCUGGUGUACGUGUGGAGUAGAAGACAUCCGCUCAUACACAUGAACUUCUUCGGCCUCCUGAACUUCCAGGCGCCGUUUCUGCCCUGGGUACUGAUGGGAUUUUCGCUGCUGCUCGGAAAUUCCAUCGUGGUCGACCUCCUAGGUAUCAGUGUCGGUCACAUGUACUACUUCCUAGAAGACGUGUUUCCAAACCAGCCGGGAGGAAGAAAGCUGCUGAUGACUCCAGAACUUCUGCGAGCCAUGUUUGACCAGCCGGAGGACUCAGACUACCGUCCCCUCCAAGAAGAGCAGGAUGGAGAUCUGCAGCAGGACGACGAGUCGCACAACUAACAAUUAUCAACAAAAAUAAUCAGCCGGCGGAAACACAGACGGACAGGAAGCGUGGAUUGGAUGGAGUCCACUCAGACAGCCGAGAUACACACAAGGACUGAACUGUUACCAUCACAAAACUGUUUAUUUUGACUCUGGAGCCUUUAUUGUCCUGAAUGUGAGGGUAAUUGCAAUUUUCCGUCUGUGAUUUGAAAUGAAGCUUUUUGAAAUUUAACCUUUUUUUUAAAUUUUUUUUUUUUUAAAACCAUGAUAGUAUUUGUAAGUUUCUUGGGGAGAGCUAAAAGGAGCAAAAACUAACUCAUAACUCCCUCCCCCCUGCUGUUGUGUCACCGCUGCUGUUUCACAGAACUGCCGACGGCCUGAAAUCCCAUCAGCCCCGUCUGCUCACUCUGCACUUUCACACGCUGCCUUUGUGGGUCGAACACUGGGGACAAAAUGGAAAUUGCUUAGCACAACAACACGCAAACACGUCUCUGUGGGACCCUGGCAACAAAACACAUAUUUCAUCAUCUCUCAUAAACACACAGAGCUGCUGAUAAAUAUUAGUCACAACUGGAGGUUAGACUGACGUGAGUUUAAAGGUCAGCAGCAACAGAAUCAAUCCUGUUAUUUUAACAGAUUCAACAAGAGUUUGUUGGUUUUUCUUGACAGGAUGGAAAAACGUGUUUACAGUUAAACCAUCAUGGGACAGAAAACUGAAUGUGGGGAAAGUCUGAGAUGCAAUUUAGCCUUUAAAUGAAGAAUUAAUUCACAUAAAGCUAAAAUUAGGGAUUAACAACUUGAGCAAAAUAUCCAGUUGUGCUUUGCUGACAAAUUUUACAAUUUAAAUUGUGAUUUUUUUUUCUACAUAUUAAUAAAUUUAUUUGCUUUUUCUUCGUUUUUUUAAUCCAGUCGGUUAAAGAAAAGUCAACUUUAAGUCAUCCUAGAAAAACUUUUCUAUAGAAAAAGUAAACAAUUUAGCUCUUUUUAACCUCUUACAUUCGUGGUCUUCAGUGAUAUUCAAAUAUAAUCAUAACAUUCAAAUGUGUUGUGACAUUUAUUGAUAACAGCUGCAGAUUUGACAACCUUGGAGGAACCUCUCAUCGAUAGACGUGUCACUUUAUUGGUCUUUUAUGAAAAACAUAAACACAAACAGCCAACUCCUUAUUUUUUGUGUUGUUUCUUCUUCCAUAAAACCAUCUUAUAAUGAGUGUAAAUGUACAGAUUAUAUUAACCAGACAGCAGCCACAUGUUUUGUGAUUUUGCAAGAUGCAGAUUUUAUAAGAUAAGUCAAAGUAUUCACUCAUGUUCUGUAUGUGAUUUAGCUUUAAGUGUAAACAAAUUAAAUCCGCAUCAGUCAGUUUUAAUAUUUUAUUUUAAUCCAGAUAUAAUAAAAAACCAUAAAGAUUAUGAUAUUUGACUACAGCUGAGUAAACUUACUGGUCAUUACAGAUC